UCGCGGGAUCGAGAGAAUGUGCGGUGAAAGCCGAGCGCUUCCUCCUUCGUAUCCGGGGCCUUUGUGAAUAAACCAUGGGAUGUAUCGGCUCGAGAACACUCAUUGCAGAUGGGGUUCCGGUACAGAAGGACGGGGAGCAGCUCUCCAUGGAGGACACGACCUCCAUCCUGCCCCGGCUGAAGAAGCGGAACUCCAACGCCUACGGCAUUGGCGCUCUGGCUAAGUCCUCACUGUCAGGUGUGUCAGGGGUGAGCCGAUCCAUGAAGGACAAGGUGACGAAGCCCACCGCCAUGGCCCAGGGCAGAGUGGCUCACAUGAUAGAGUGGCAGAACUGGAGCAUGCAGACAGUGGGUGCAGGGGGCACCAGCGCCGGGCGCGUCACCACCAGCCACCUCCAGCACGAGCGCAAGCUGGAGAACGACGCCUACAGCGACCUCAGCGAAGGAGAGAAGGAGGCUCGCUUUGUGGCAGGUGUUAUGCAGCAGUUUGCGAUAUCCGAGGCCACCCUGCUCGCCUGGAACUCCCUGGACGGAGAGAGCAUGAGCGCAGGAUCCAACCAGGGCAGCGUCGCUCACCUGAGUGAGGUUAACCAGGAGAGCAUCACCAGCCGAGACCAGAUCUUACACCACUCGUCUGCAGAAGUGUGGCCUCACACGUACGUCUCACAGGGACUCUACUGCCUCUCCUCGUCCGACGCUUGGGAGCCCAUCAGCAACGAGCAGUCGGGCGUGGCCUCGCCGGCCGCCGGCUCCUACGUCAUGGCCGGCGGAGCCUCCUGCGACAGCGGCUACGACGGACACGCGGCUCAGUACCUGUCUCAGCAGCAACAGCAGCAGUUCCUCCAACACCAGAGCCAGUUACACCAUCUACAGCAGCUUCAACAGAUCCAGCAAUACCAGCAGCAACAGAUCAUGCAGCAACAGCAACAGAUACUGGAACACAGACUGCACAGCGCCAGUCAGUCCUUACAGGUUACACCCAACAGCACCAUACACAGUCUGCCACCCCUCACUCACCCGCCGCUGGUGGACCUGUGGGGCACGGGGCACAUGGAAACCCACCAGGCGGAGGUGGGUGGGUACGCCGGCGUGGCCGCAACGGCCGAGGGAAUGUUAACGGCUUGUUCGGAGGAAAUGGGAACGGAAUACUCGCCUCUGCUGGAAGCUCAGGAGGAGGUCAAGGAGGAAACCGUAACGUUACACACCGAAUCAGAACCAGUGACUUUACUCCCGUCUCCGGCGCCACAGGGGGAGGAAGUGACCUCGACGGGACCGGGGAUCAGUCCGGGACAGGGCCCCAGGGAGCCGCUCGCCGAGUGGAAACCUGCUGACGUCUCGCCCUGCGUUAGCGACGCGCCGGAGGAAAGAGAGGAGGAGCUGACCGCAUCCUCGCCGGCAGGAGCCACGGCAACCAAAUGAGCAUCACGGACCCGUUCUGGCCGGCGUUUAAAAGCUUACGGAUGGAACCCGCGACCGGAUUUUUUUAAAAGAGACCUGGUACUCUCGAGGAGGACGCCUGGAGAGAGAGUGAGAGGCGAUGAGCGCACCCUGAGGGAUUCGGAGAGAGGAGUAAAGUACAGACAGAUAAAUAAACGGUCACGCACAUGCAUGCUGCUUACGUGGACGGUUCCCGUCGCUAAGAACGUCUAACACGUCUAUACACGCCAUGAACGGUAUAGGAACGGUUUCUCAUCACCGCGUCCUUUAUACCUUGUAGAUAUCAUGUUUGUAAGUGGAAUUAAUCCCACGCUUCCCAGUUCAAGGUCCAUCCUUAUAAAAUCUACCACAAAAUGCUAAAGAAUUGACACACACCAGUUACCUGUGGCUGUGUAUAUGUUUAUAACCUCUAAUGAAGGCUAAAUAACCAAGGUUUUCUCCUAUUUUCUCCUAAUUUAGUCAUAGCCAGUUCCUCUCCCUCUGCUAGAGACCCUAUUGGUGUACGAGGAGGGUAUAUUCUACUAACACACCCUCCCUCUGAUGCACGACCCCUUCUUAUUCACUCGUACUUCAGUGGAUCGGCACGUGAGGUCGGUCUCGCACAUGGAGAGUCACUCACCGACCUUCACGUUCCUCCACUUCUGUACAGGUGCCUCGGGCUACUAAGACCCCGCCCACUUUUUUUUAAAUUAUAGUCCUGUAUUUUCCCACCCAGCAGACCAAUCGUGCCCACUAGGGAGCGCCCAGCCGACCGGCAGCAGAGCUCAGAUUCCACUUUGUCUUGAGCUGCACAUUCUAGGAAUGAUUCCUGUGCAAGUCGCUAAAAUCCCGCCACGCUCAUCAAUACAUCAUCGUGCGUCUUCCUCCGUGUUAACCUAGCGUGCAUGCUAAUCCGUCAGUCGACCAUGGAGUCCAGUACAGCCCUGUAUAGAUCCUCCACUUUACACUUUGACCCCGGGCGCUAGUACAAACUCUGAGCGCUCCUGAAGUUUGGCUGAGUAAAGAACGAGGGGGUCUGGGUGGGACUACGUUUCCCAGAAUGCACUGGUAAAAUGUGGAGAACACAGACUGUACUUCCAAACUAAACAAACAGGAAAACACUGCAUCUCUGAUUUUGAGAAUACAGGCUACAUGGUCAAAAGUAUGUGGACACCUGCACUGAUCAGCCAUAACAUUGUUUCUACACUCACUGUCCAUGUUAUCAGCUCCACUUACCA